AUGGGCUGGUUCUGGGCAGACAUCCCCAUGCCCUCGGUCACAGCAGCCGCUGUGGUACCACUACCGAGCAGCCAUCCUCCAACCCAGCCUGGUGCUACUCCACCGCCAUCAUGUCCCAUGCACAACCAAAAAGAGUCCGCCGCUUCGCCUUUCAUUCCACGUCUCGACUCACCCACGUCAACACCACCCUCAUGUCCGGUGAAAUCGCCCAACCAUCCGCUCCGCAAUCCCGCUUCACCAGAAACGCCUCAAUCAUCAUCGCAAAAAGCACCGGCCCCUUCUCUCUCACAACCACAAUCCCAAUCCACACUCUCGAAACUCAACCCACUAAACUACAUGCCAACCCUCUCCAACACCCGUGAAGCCAAUUCCCCGCAAACGAUAUCCCUCCCACUCGAGCGCGAGGCCUCUUCAAUUCCCCGGGGCGAUAGCGACAGCAACUGGGAAUAUCCAUCACCACAACAGAUGUACAACGCGAUGCUACGCAAAGGCUACACGGACACUCCUGCGGACGCCGUGGAGAGCAUGGUAGCGGUGCACAACUUCCUAAACGAGGGCGCGUGGGCGGAGAUUGAGGAGUGGGAAAGAAUCUUUGGUCCGGGGCUCGCGCACGGCUGGGCUCUGUGCUCCAAAGGCGAGGAGGGCAUCGCGCUUGAGCGGGCGAAGCGUGAAUUCCUCGCCGCACGCCGCGAGGCGCUCAACCUGCCCACUCCUUCAAAUCCCGAAGACCCCUCUGCUGCGACGAAGCCUAAACUUCUACGCUUUCAGGGCCGGCCGCAGGAGCCGACGCCGAAGGCACGCAUCCUCAGUGCGCUGGGGUACGUGAUGCCGGAGAAGUUCGGUGGCGAGCCGCCUUUCGACCGCCACGACUGGUACGUCGCGCGGCGGCGGCCGGACGGCUCCGUGAGGGAGGUCCGCUACGUGAUCGACUACUACUCCGGCGGCGUGCAGAGCACCGGCGAGCCGGUCUUCUAUCUCGAUAUUCGCCCCGCGCUGGACACACCGACGGCGGCCGCCGAGCGUGCCAUGCGCUGGGGCGGGGAUAUCUGGCACCGUGCCACUGGCGCCAGCGUCAGAGAGGAGGCUGCCUCAAGGAAGAAUUUGGAGAAGUGA